AUGGCCCUCGACACCGCCCCCAACACCGCCCCCGUCGAGCAACAAGAGUCUGCCGGCUUCUUCGGCUCCCUCGUCAACUACUUUGUCCCCACCGCCCACGCCGACGACUCUGAAGAAGAGGAGGAGGAGGCUCCUGCCGCCGAGGAAGAGCCCGCCGAGGAGGAGGAAGAGGAAGAGGAGGAGGAGGAAGAGCCCGAGGACCUUGCUCCCGCUAUCCGUGAGGAAUGCGCCGAGAAGCAAUGCGGCGAGCACGUCCACCACUUCAAGCACUGUACCGAGAAGGUUGAGGCCGGCGAGGGAUUCCCGGGAGAGGACUGUGUGGAGGAGUUUUUCCACGUUUUGCAUUGUGUCGACGGUUGCGCCGCCCCCAAGAUCUUCAAGAAGCUCGUAUAG